CGCGAAUGGCAGCUGACUGCAGGUCAAUCAGGUGCAACUCCUCGUGAAACGUGCAGCUAGCAGGUGGAGCCUCCUCGCCUUCCUCGCCUUCCUCGCCUUCCUCGCUCGCCCAAGGUCGCCUGUGCUUUCCCAGAGUCUCCAUUCCUUCGGGAGUCGAUCGGCGCUCGUGGACCAGGGCACCAAACUUCGGCGUCGGGGUGCCUGAGCGUCAGGUGCGGCGCGAAAAGGAGCACUUGAAGAGAACGAGGAAGAGGAAGCCGGGGGGCGAACGGAGAUUCUCGGGUCGUGUCUGCGUUCAUGAAUAUGCGCCAAGAGUGUCUUAGGAGUGUGUCAAUAUACGAGGUACACCGGUACCACGCGCGACCAGUCGGCCAAACAGUAAACCGAUAUUCGCUUUGUCGUGCGUGCGAGCGUGUCUGUUGAAGAAAAAGCUGCUCAGGCUGCCUGUCGAAUUUUCCCUAAUUUCAUUCGAUUUAUCGUGGUACACGCGUGCUCGUUGCGCGCAGGACUGAAUCGUUUAAGUGCGCGAUAAGAACUGAUAGCUCACAGCUGGCCAACAAUGGUUCCUAGGGCUGACAAAGUUUUGGGAUCACCCCUGUUCACAACCGUACUCACUCUUCUGCUGGUACUGGACAGUGGUCGGCGCCCCGCGGCGCAACGAAGGGUCCCUCUCUGACAUUCGAGUAUUGCACCAAAAAGCUUUUGUCUUGGCGGCUCUUUUUAAAAGGAAUUUGAACCGUUAGAUGGGGCCAAACUUAUUCACAGAGAGAACAGAGAAGCAAAGAGGAUUAUGUAUAGUGCACAGCAGGGAGGUAGUGCAAAUCACCGGAAGCUUCCCGUACAAAUGGUUCGGAUUUGGUGGAUCAUCUCCGUUUCAAAAUGACGAGCCGUUCAGUCCUUACCGAUCUCCUCUCCAACGGCCGACGUUCCUGAAGGACUCGGAGGACGACGACUACGUGCCAAUCAGGUACACCAGCGACACUCGUCUCCCGGAGGACGCAGCUUAUAGGGCAGACCAGCCGAAAAGUCAGGCGACGCUCAGCGCUCGCAUUGGUGAGUCAGGCAGGACUUACGAUGCGGAUGAGAAUACGGAGCUGGUCCAAAGAGCUAUAGAAAAUAGGGAUUUGCUGAGCCUAGAGGAGUGGAGGGAAUCCGUGGGAGAGAAUCCAUCCAAGGGUUUCCAGAGGGAUACCUCCAGCUACCAAAACACCCGCGACGUAAAGUUAACCUUAGGUUCGACGGGGGACAGUUCCAAUUACUCGUCUUCCCAGAGUCAAGGAAAGACGCGGUCGAAUGUCAGAAGGGAAUACAAUCCGCGGAUGUCAGGGAUGCCCACUGCAAUGGACUCUAUGCAGGCCGACGAGAAGAUCGUCUUCCCGUCCGAGGAGAAUGAAUCUCAAGCUCACAGAUUCGUUCCGGGUCCAGCAUCCAUUUGCAAGGAUAACACCUACUGCGAGCACUCUCCAGAUUAUCCGGAAGGUUAUAUUCAAACGGCCAUCAGGGAGCAGGAAAAUCUUAAAUACUUCACAGGAGUCGAUGAGGUCGUCAAUAUUAUACAGCGGAUAGACUCCCCUCUUGAGGACACGCAGCUCUGCGUCUCGACUGAACAAGUGAUUAUUCCGAAAUCGGCGGAAAACAGGGAGAAACAGUGGCGCUACAUUGUCAAUCACGGGAACGUCACCCAGGGAGUGCGAAUUGAAAAGUGCCAGAACGAAGACAGCGAGUGCAGGAUCUUCGACAGCGUCCCUAACGGCUACAAGACGAGCUGCAAGCAAAAGUACAUCUAUCGGCAGCUGAUGGCAUUAAUGGCGAACGGUUCCGUUUCGCCGGACCUGUUCCGAUUUCCGGCAAGUUGCUGCUGUCACGCCAAGUUCACCGGAAAUGUCCUGACGCGGAUGGGAAUGAAUUUCGGCAAAACGAAUCAAACUUCGACGUAAAUAAGUGAACAAGAAGGAGGCGUAAACGAUCGAGAAAAUAGCGUGGACCAUGUCGUGCACGAGCGAGAUCGAUAUAUGUGUGCGUGUGUGUGAAAGAAAGAGAGACAGAGAGAGGGAGGGAGGGAGGGAGGGAGGGAGAGAGAGAGAGAGAGAGAGAGAGAGAGAGAGAGAGAGAGAGAGAGAGAGAGAGAGAGAGAGAGAGAGAAUUAUUUAUUUGACCCAGGAGCUAAGCUUCCUGAUGGCCAUAGGCAGGUUUUACAUAGCACAGUCAUAUAAUCUUUUUUAGUGAAUAAUUUACCAAAAAACGAUCACAUAAGAAGCCAGAAAUCAGCUGAAAACAAAAAUAAUAUGCAUAUAUUCGAGUAUUAUAUUAAUUAAUUAUUAAAUUAAAUUAAGUUACGUAAGUCAAGUUAAGUUACUAGCCAAUCGAAUUUGCCUCACGUUCUUUUACUGCCAUCAGGUAUAAGUAACAAUGUGCCCGAAAAUCGACAAGUGUUGAAGGCAAAGUCACUUUGGGGAGAGAGAGAGAGAGAGAGAGAGAGAGAGAGAGAGAGAGAGAGAGAGAGAGAGAGAGAGAGAGAGCGAGAGAGAGAGAGAGAGAGCGAGAGAGAGAGAGGAGAAAGCACUCACUGUCCCAUGAGAAUUAAUGCCGGGGAACGUGAGAUCGUUGCGAUGGUAACGCCUCUCUGGCAUCUAUUGGAAUUUGGCCGUAACGAACGCACUGCGAAAAUCAAUCGAAUAUUGAAAUACCACUUUGUACUCAGGUACAAAAAUUAAUUCCGUCUGCAUACGUGUCACGUAAAUUGCGCCUGAUCGCCUCAUCAGUCCGCGUGUAUAUAAUAUGCCUGCAUAUACGGUGUGCGACGUCCUGGCGUAACUUGAAAGGAUGCUUAGAGACUCUUCGUCUUUUAACUUAAUCUAUUUCACGCGGCGAAGCAUCAGUAACUGUAAUGACAAAUGGGGGAAAAGGAACAACGAAAGCUGCUUUCUGCACUGGAUUUUAAGUGCGGUUUGACUCUCGGCCGAUUAGGACGGAAUUCUUGUUUCCACGUCGAUGAAACUUUGAAGGAUCGGUUACCCACGAUUUCAAAGAAUUCUGGACCCUGGGGAUUUUCACGUCACGCUCAACAGUUCUACAUGCGUAUCGGACACUCGCUGCACUUAUCAUCCUACUACGUCACGAGUGGCAUAGACGCAAUGUGAUAUUACCAUUAUUGCUUUUAAUAUAAGGAAUAAGUUAAUCUCAUUACUAUAUUUUAUAGUACUUAUCGUUAAUGUUAUCAUUUUUGUAUCUUCGCUUAGGCUCUAUAUGUAGAGGCGCCUAGACGUAUCAAAUAAAAAUCGCAUUCAUAAAGCAAAACUUAGCUCCC